AGACUGUCGGAGUAACUGGAGUCUGUGAUAACCGGUGUGAGAGAUGUCUGUCACUGUCGUCAAAGACAAGGGAGUGACUGUGGUCACUGUGGCGUCUGACAGUGAGAGCCUGUUUCCCCCCCUGUGCCAAAUCCUGAAGCAUCUUUGCUACAGUCCAACGUGCUGCUCCGAGUACAAAGGGCUGAUGCGGACCGAUGUAACUGCAGCUCUUGGGACGAUACAGAUCAUGGUGGGCCUGUUCCACAUCGGACUGGAACCAGGACGAACGCCCACACAUCCUGAAGAUUUGACUGAUAUGGGAGCUGCUUACUGGCUGGGUGCUGUGUACAUUGCAGUUGGGAUCAUGUCUGUUCUUGCCGGCCAGUGCCCCUCUCUGUGCUUGGUGGGCUUCGCUGUGUUCUUGAACAUAGUUGGAUCUGUCAUAGCCAUUAUUGGCAUUGUGCUGUAUGCUAUAGACCUGGGAGAAGCCUCUGUCAUCUGGAUGUGUGAUGACACAUGGAAUAGCCACUCUCCAGACAAGUGCAGAUAUGUGGCUUCCUUUGCCCAGAAGUUGUUGACAGGUAUGGACAUUACUUUGAUCGUCCUGGCUGCUCUCCAGAUGUGCGUCUGCAUUAGCUUUACUAUUCUGGGCGUCAAGGCUUUAGUCAACAGGAAGAAGGAAGAGGGUGGCAGAGAUGUUGACAUUUACCAGCCAAUGCUGAAGGAAGUCCUCAUGACCAGUCCUGGUGCUUAAUCUAGACAGAUGGAUGCAUGAGUAUG